CUGAGUGUAGUGAAAUAAACACACAAUCAAAUCAAUUCACAAUUUCACAACAAUGAAUCCAUCAUCACCACCACCUGAUUCCUCCCCUCUCCCACUCUCCCAACAGCUUCAACUCAUCAAAGAGCUCCAAAUCUUCAAAAUCCAAGGCUGCGACAGGCGCGGCCGCCCCCUCCUCCGCAUCAUCGGAAAAUUCUUCCCUGCGCGCCUCGUGAGCGCAGAGGCAACGAAGAAGUUUCUAGAAGACGAGAUCUUCCCGAAUCUGGAGGGGCGCCCCUUCUCGGCCGUGUACGUCCACACGGAGGUGAGCAGGGGCGACAACUUCCCCGGCAUCUCGGCGCUGAAGAGCAUAUACGACGCCGUUCCGGGCGGUCUGGAGGCCGUGUAUUUUCUCCACCCGGGGAUCCAGUCGCGGCUCUUCCUGGCGGCGUUCGGGCGGUUGAUCUUCGGGGGCGCGGGGUACGGGAAGGUGAAGUAUGUGAGCCGGUUGGAGUUUCUGUGGGAGCACGUGCGGCGGAAGGGGGCGGAGAUACCGGAGUUCGUGCACGAGUUUGAUGAGGAGAUGGAGUGGCGCCCCACCACCGUUGAUUACGGGAUCGAGAGCGAUCAUCCUGCGGUGUUGAGUACUCCCUUUGAUUCUACGGUUCCUACCUAUUCUAUGAGGUGUAUUGCUUAGAGUGGAGAGUUCUACUUUGCUACCCUUUGUUUUGUUUUGUUGGUGAGGUUGUUAGAUUCUAGUAGACCUCCAGCAGAUGCUGUAAAAAUCGAAAGAAAAAGGCUACUCUUUGUUAAUUCAUUCUGUGUCUGUUUGUAUUAAACGGCUUUUCUGUUUUUUUUAUAAAAUUAAAUUUCUUA